GGUUAAGGUUAAGUUAUGCACUUAGCUGCAGACCGGAUUAAAAGGAUAGGUAGAGGUUUGCAGAUUUCGUAUAAUUUAUGUGUAAUCAUUCCGAAAUUACCUAUAAUUAAAAGUGAAAUUUAAUCUGUCCAUAAAAAGAAUUUUAUUAGUGAAACAAUACAAAUACCGUUAAAAAACUGAACGUACGCAAGGAAAAUUUUAAAAGUAGAUCAAGAUGCAAGAAUCUCAACCGAAGAAAGGCAAGAAAGCUAGAAGAAAGCGCAAUGAUAGUGAUGAAGAUAUUGAAAAAGUUUUGGCUGAAUUGGAAUUGGAAUAUUCUGGACAAAAGAAAGAAGUUAAAGAUGAGCCAGUUGAACAGAAACCUGAAGAUGAAGAUAAAAAGAAGAAAGGAAAAAAGGAUAAGAAAAAGGAAAAAGGUGAUGUCAUUGAUAUUAAAGAAGAGUUAAAGGUUAGUGAAUACCUUGAAGUAAAUGAUAUUGAUGAUGAAAUGGAAGUUGGUACUGUAAAAACUGCUGCACAGAAGAAGAAAGAAAAGAAAGAAAGAGAAAAGCAGAAGAAACUUGCGCAGAAAAAAGCUGAAAUAAUUAAGAAGGGAGAAAAUGAAGAAGAAAAGGCUGCAUCUACAACAGAAAAACAAGGCAAAAAAGAGGUAGAAAUAAAGGUUCCAGAAACAAAAACAGCGGAAUUGAAGGAGGCCAAUGAAGCAGAUAUUUCUGUACCUGGUGAAGGUGACGAGGGAAAGAAGAAAAAAAAGAAAGGUGGAAAAGAGGAAACCAAGGAAAAAGGCAAAGGUCCUGGGAAGAAGACUAUUGCUGCAAUGCAGGAAGCCUUAAAGAAAUUGAAAGAGGAAGAAGAGAGGUUAAAACGAGAACAAGAAGAAAAGUUACGGCAAGAAGAAUUGCGGGAACAAGCUCGAUUAGAACAACUCAGACUUGAACAGGAACGGAAAGAAAGGAAAAAACUUAAGGAAAAGCAGAGAAAAGAAAGAUUAAAGGCAGAAGGGAAACUUUUGACUACGAAACAAAAACAAGAUAGGGCCAGAGCGCAAGCUAUGCUCAAUGCACUUAAAGCACAAGGUUUAGAUUUACCAGGUGUAGGGGAGAAGAAACCUCCUAGACCAGGAACUCGUGUAAGGCCGAACAAGGUAAAACAGCAAGUAAGUGUUGAUGAAAAAGAUGAUGAAAAAGUAGAAGAAAAUGUGGCAGAAGCAAAUAGAGUUGAAUUAGAAAUCGUGGAUCAGCAACCAAAGGAGUUUGAAGAAAAGGAAGAUGAUGUCAAAGAUUCAUGGGAUGCUGAAACUACUGAAGAUGAACAGGACGAAGAUAAAUUAGACGAUGUGCCAAAAACUCCUGAAAAGCUUAAGGCAACGAUACUUUUACUCGAGAAAGAAAAGCGGUCACAAAUAGUAGAAGCUGGAAAGGAAUCUUCAGAAAGUGAAUCAGAGAGCGAGAGCGGUAGUGAAUCAGAGACAGAAGAAAGCGAAGAUGAUAGUGGCGUAGAAGAUAAAGUAUCAGAUGCAGCGAGGAAAAAGGAACGAGUUAGAGAACGAAUACAACUCCGAAGGAUAGAAGCGGAAAAGAAAAAAUCGGUAGAUAAUCUCAGAGCUGCCGUAGUGUGUGUUCUAGGUCAUGUUGAUACUGGAAAAACAAAAAUUCUUGAUAAGUUGAGGAGAACAAAUGUACAAGACGGUGAAGCGGGCGGUAUAACUCAACAAAUUGGUGCCACAAAUGUACCUAUCGAUGCUAUUCGAGAAUCGACGAAACACGUGAAAGGGUUUGAUGAAAACAAAUUUAAAAUACCUGGACUUUUGAUAAUAGACACUCCUGGACACGAAUCUUUUAGUAAUUUAAGAAACCGAGGAUCUUCUCUAUGUGAUAUAGCGAUAUUAGUCGUAGAUAUUAUGCAUGGUUUAGAACCACAAACUAUCGAAAGUAUUAAUUUGCUUAAAACGAAGAAAUGUCCUUUCAUUGUAGCUUUAAAUAAGAUUGACAGAUUAUAUGAUUGGCAAACUAUGAAUCGGAAAGAUGUUCAAGAUAUUGUAAAAAGUCAAGCUAUUAAUACACAACGUGAGUUUGAAAAACGUUCGAAGGAUGUUAUUGUGCAAUUUGCGGAACAAGGCCUAAAUGCUGCGUUAUUUUAUGAAAACCCAGAUCCUAGAAGUUAUGUUUCCCUUGUACCUACUAGUGCUAUUACAGGCGAGGGUAUGGGCAAUCUACUAUCGUUAAUAGUAGAUGCCUGCCAAGGUCCACUAGCUAAGAGGCUCAUGUACAGCGAAGAGCUUCAAGCUACUGUUUUAGAAGUGAAAGCAUUACCAGGCCUUGGAACAACAAUAGAUUGUAUUCUAGUCAAUGGAAUAUUGAGAGAAGGUGAAACAAUGAUAGUAGCAGGUACCGAUGGUCCAAUAGUAACUCAAAUACGCUCGCUUCUUAUGCCACAACCAUUGAAAGAAUUAAGAGUCAAAAAUGCGUAUAUCGAACAUCGUGAGGUUAAAGCAGCGCAAGGAGUAAAAAUUGCUGCAAAGGAUUUAGAAAAAGCGAUUGCAGGAUUGAAUCUCCAAGUGGCUCACAAACCAGAUGAAGUGGAUGUCCUGAAAGAAGAAAUCGCGAAGGAGUUGACAAGUGCUCUUGGCAAUAUUCGACUCGUGGAACGUGGUGUUUACGUGCAAGCGUCGACAUUAGGAGCCCUCGAAGCGUUGUUGGACUUCCUUAAAAGUAGCAAGAUACCGUAUGCUGGAAUUCGCAUCGGCCCUGUAGUCAAGAAGGAUGUUAUGAAAGCCUCUAUCAUGUUGGAACACGAUAGUCAGUACGCCACGAUCUUGGCGUUUGACGUGAAGAUCGAGAGAGACGCUCAAGAGUUGGCCGACUCGUUAGGAGUUAAAAUCUUCCAGGCAGACAUUAUUUACCAUCUCUUCGACAAGUUCACCUCGUACAGAGAAGAACUGAAGCAACGUAAACGAGACGAAAACAAGCAUAUCGCUGUAUUCCCUUGUAAACUUCGUAUCUUGCCACAGUACAUCUUCAACUCUCGAGAUCCUAUCGUAAUGGGCGUAAUGGUGGAAGCCGGAAUCGUAAAAGAAGGAACACCGCUUUGCGUGCCCAGCAAAGACUUCGUCGAAUUGGGUAUGGUUACGAGCAUAGAGUACAACCAUAAACCCGUGGAAUCUGCGAGGAAAGGUCAGGAAGUCUGCGUGAAAAUCGAGCCAAUACCUGGCGAGGCGCCGAAAAUGUUCGGCCGUCAUUUCGACGAGAAAGACUUCGUUGUGAGCAAGAUAAGCAGGCAAAGCAUAGACGCCUGUAAGGAAUACUUCAGGGACGAUCUGGUGAAAACUGAUUGGCAACUGAUGGUAGAACUGAAAAAGCUCUUCCAGAUACUCUAGGACAUACUGGACUGGGUGGAAACAUUGAAGCUCCAUCGAUGGUUUUAUGGGUUGACAAAUGUAGGAGCGAGGGCUGCGAUCAACGAGCACACAGACCAUCUUGGAUUCGUUUCUGAUCGUUGUCGAUCGUUCUCCCGAAUUGUAAUAUAUACGUCGAAUUUUCUGAUCUUUCUGUCGUUGUACUUGAUAUACGCAAAUAAUCGA